GUCAGUGGGAUAACCUUCUGGGAGAGUUGGUUCAGAAAGUAUUUUCCUUUUCAAAGAAAAAAAGGCACUUUCUAAAUUAGGAGUAACAAAAAAAACCAACCCAAACUGUAUAUGUCCAAAACAGCAACCAAUUCUUUCCUUCUGAAGGGCAGCCAUGAGGGAAAAGCUUCCUCCAAUUUCUGUCUAAAUAAACAUUAUUCAUUCUCUUUCUCGCAAAUGACCAGAGUUGUAUCUAUCUCUUCCUAGAGAAGAGAUUAGAUGCGUAUGGUCAUGUAAUCAAAUCUAAUAGAAAAUGCUUGGAGCCUGUAGUGGCAUGUUCGCCUGCUCAAAUUUUCUCACAUUCUUAAGCUCCCUGCCCGUCCUUGCUGCAGCCGUGAUUCUGCGAUAUUACGGGCAUACAAGGUGCAGUACCUAUCUAGAAGUACCCAUGUGGGUGCUUGGGAUCUUCCUCCUCCUGGUCUCCCUCGCGGGCAUGACUGGUUUGUGGUGUGGGGUUACGUUCAUGCUCUGGUUAUAUCAAUGGCUGAUGUUCUUGUUAAUACUUGUUCUCUGCUGCUUCACUGUAUUUAUGUUCAUUGUGACGGAAGAGAGUGGUAGCAAAUGUGGAACAGGGGAAGACCCUAGGCUCAAACAGUUCUCGGAUUGGUUGCAGUGUAGAUUGGUUGAUGAAAGCAACUGGAUUGGUAUCAGAAGCUGUCUCACUGAGAGUAAAAUUUGCUCAGACCCAGCCAUUUCCGGGGGCAAGCCUGGAGUAUUCCUUCCCAUUAAGAAUGGUUGCUGCAUGCCUCCUUCUCAGUGUGGUUUUGUCUUAAAGAAUGGUAGCAUCUGGACAAUUCCGAAAUCAGGCCUAGCUUCUAACCAUCACGAUUGUCUUAUGUGGAGCAGCAAACCAAACAGACUCUGCUAUUAUUGCUAUUCAUGCAAAGCUGGGUUUCUUGCGAGGCUAAAGAAUGACUGGAGGAAGCUAACCACUUUCAGUAUCUGCCUUGUUUCCUUCCUCAUCAUCAACUUCAUCAUCGGUUGCCUUGCUUGCAGAAGUAGCCAAGCUGUUGGUCUGUUCCAGAUAAGACGUAAAGAUCAAUUUUAGCUGAACUACCUUAUUAUUUUGUUGACAAUCCUUUGAUGUCUUUCACUGGAUUUGGGACAAGCUAGCUAUUUGAUUAAAACUGUUACUAAUUUAUGUAUAUAUGUUGCUUCC